UUAAACAGCACUGAGUUAUCAAUUCUGCGACUUUUGGUUCGAUAGCAACUCCUAAGUGUUUCCCAACUACACGACUGAACAUGAAGCUUGCUUGGUGUUUGGCUUUUUUGUUAGUUUUCUAUGUAACUAACACAGAAUCUCAACUUUCUCCAAGGGCUCGCCGACAUUGUGGAGAUAAUCUCGUAUCGUUGUUGCAUAGUUUGUGUAACGGAAUUUUUGGAUCACCUUCGAAAAAAAUUGUUUUCGAUGUAAUGAACUUCCCGAGAAAAUACCAGGAAAUUGAAAACGGAAACCGCCUGUCGGAAGAUAGUACCGAUAUUGGUCUAUCGUAUUUCAACAAAAGAAUAUUUCCUCCUUUCUUCAGCAGAACCACCAGGGAUCCUGGCGUGGUUGAUGAGUGCUGCUACAAAGCCUGCACCAACGAGCAACUUCUUCAAUAUUGCGGAAAAUAAUCUGCCGUUCAAUCCCGUCUACUUAUAGUAAAUGUACGAUUUGUGUAGAUAUAUACAUUUAAAUAAGAUAAAUUUGCAAAAUGGCA